UUGGCCGGUCAUGCAUAGCAAGAUAGUGAGGACACUGUCUGUGGCUUUGGCAAGCAAGGCGGAUUCACUGAGUCCAGUGAAAACUUCCCACAUUCCUCAUCAGUCUCUUAAAUCCUCAGAUUGGGAAAAGGACUCGUGCUGGACAUAUCUGCAUUGAUAAGGAAUAGCAGAAGCCUACUCUGGGGCCUGUCUAAGGCCAUGCCAGCUGUCCAUGGCUGUGCUCUCACUGUCAACAUCACUACAGAAGUUUUUCUAUCAUUUUCAGCAGGACGAAACCAUUUGGAAAGGAUUCAUGUGACAUAGCAGAAAGACAUAACUCUGAGUGGAACAUAGCAGCAAGGCUUUCUAGUGUUUCUAGAUUCGCAACAAUGUCAGAGCUGAAUCUUUUGGGUCAUGUGGGUGCUGUUGCUCUGUACUGUGUUUUGUCUUUGGUCAUGCCGGCGAUCCUGCAUGCAGAGUUCACUCUGGCUAGUGUGAGUGAGCACCACAUCAUCAUCUGUACCUGCAUGCAGGACCUGGUAGCAUGCAGUGUUAUUAACUCCAGUGAGUGUGUUUGUCACAACCACCCGCUCUCCCUGCUGGAGCACAACAACAGCCCCAGUACAGUGACUUACAAGCGUCUGACAGUGUGGUACACCUCACCACUUAAUGUUGCACGUCUGCUGAACAACUCAGAAGUCCGCCACCUGGUGCUGGCCAAGUGCAACUCAGAAAGGGGUGCUUCGCCGUCUGUUCAUUACUUCACAGUGAGGAGGCUGGAGAGGCUAUAUGUCUCAUACCCAUUCUCGAUGCCUGGGCAAAACCAUGAUGUUGUGCUGGGUAGAGAUAUGGACAUGCCUUACCAUGAGGGACCCAGGAUAGCUGUUAUUCACACAGAUGUGUUGGUGGGAAAGGCGGAGAUGAAAGCAUACACAGUGAAAACCAUGGUGGACAGCAAUGGCAUGACUCCAUUCCCUGAAAUGUUUAUGCCUAUGGAUGAAAUUCCUAACAUGUCCAGCAUAUUUGUAUCUUUCUUGUACUAAGUGGUAUUUGGAUGAAAAGUUUCUUAGUCGUAUCUUUCCUCUCUUUUUACAUAUAUAUAUUAUAUACACCUUUAAUGAAGAAAGAGAAAUAUUAUCUAAAUACACAUAAAGAGGUUAAAUCUAGUAAUCUUUGAGUUGUUUCAUCUGGGAGAUCCCUUAAAGGCAUUAACAUUUUGGGUAAACUGCAGGAAAUGGGAUUAAGUUAAAUAACCUAGUCCAAAUAUUUGGACUAUUACAGUAUAUGGUUGUUAACUGUUCAUUUAUUGGGAAAUAAUCUAGAUAAUACUUGAAAAGACCUGUCUGGAUCACUCAAAUUAAGCCCUUGUCUUGUAGCACACAUUCAUUCACCCUCCACUUUAUUAGGAACACAUAAACUCCUGCUCAUUCAUGCAAUUAUCCAGUCUGCGAAUCAUAUGGCAGUAACACAAUGCUUAAAAUCAUGCAGAUACGUGUCAACAGUUUCAGUUAUGUUUCAUAUUAAAAAUUUUAUUGUGGCAUGGUUUUUAGUGCCACAUGUGCCUAGGAUUGCACAUAAGGAUAAGGAUAACACAUGCCAGUCUCUGGAGAUUACAGCUAAUAAGAAGCAGUUCUGUGGGAGGAAGCAUUUUUUUAUGAAAAAGAUCAGAAUGGAAUUGCCAGACUGAUUUGAUCUGACAAUACAUCAAAGGAAACUCAAAUAAUCACUCAUCACAUCCACGGUGAGCGAAAAAGUACAAUAGGCCCAGACGUUGCUUGAUUUGACAAAGUGGCUCAGAAUCUGAAGUCAACAACAUGUAUCCAUGGACCCAAUCUGUUUAGUGUCAGUAGUUCAGGCUGGUGGAGGACAUAGAAAGAUGAUGAGGGGACACAUCGGUACACAUUCUCUCUUUAAUACAAAUUCAGCAUUGUUUAAAUGGCUGUUAUAACGGUUACUUCCAGCAUGAUUAUGUAACAUUUAAUGAAACACAAUUCAUCUCAAACUAGAUCCACAAACAACACAAUGAGUUCAGUGUAGUUCAGUUUAAGACGAUUAUACUAACAUGGACCAAAAUCUCUAAGGAAUGUUUCCAAAACCUGGUGACAUCCAUGCCAUGAAAAACUGAGGCUGUUCUAAGAGCAAAUGGGGUCCUAUUCUGUAUUAGUAUGGUCUUCCUAAUAAAGUGAUAGAAUAUACUUACUGUCCAAAGAUAUACUUACUGUAGAAAUCUAGGCUCACGAUAAUCUAGAGUUUAAUGGUAACUGCUUCACCAAACAAGUGCACCUGCCUUAAUAAAACACUUGUUUGGCAUUCCACUCACAUCUGAGCAUGUGUAAUGUAUAAGUCAGUAAAUGUAAAUGUUCAGGUAUCUUAUGG